CAGGACCCUGCAUUCACUAUAUCUGGUCUCCCACAGUCUGCUUUAAAGUGUUACGAAACCCAGGACCCUGCAUUCACUAUAUCUGGUCUCCCCAGACCCUGUAUUCACUAUAGCUGGUCUCCCCGAACCCUGAAUUCUCUAUAUCUGGUCUCCGCAGACCCUGCAUUCACUAUAUCUGGUCUCCCCAGAUCCUGCAUUCACUAUAUCUGGCCGCCACGGACCCUGCAUUCUCUAUAUCUGGUCUCUCCGGACCCUGCAUUCACUAUAUCCGCUUUCCCCGGACCAUGCAUUCACUAUGUCUUGUCUUCCUGGACCCUGCAUUCACUAUAUCUGGUCUCC